GUUUUAGUAAACUUAUUUUAAUGUGGACUCAGGAGAGGGAGAUGAUUGUCAAGAAUACUGAACUUAAAAGAUGAUCAAAAACUGUCAGUAAAUGAGGAGAAGAAUCUGUGAUCUGGUGGUUUAGGUUUCAGUGAAAACAGUGAAAGUGAAAGUAUGUGAGUUAAACAAACAGACUCCAUUUUGAGAAAAGAACAGAGCAGGGAGAGGAGAGGCCGAGGAGACAGGGUGAGUGUUUACUCUGUUUUUGUUUUAAUGUCAAACUCUUUAUCUGUAUCAUCCGUUAAUGAAAAAUGAUUUACUGACUAAAACACUUAAAACUGUAAAACAAAGAAACCUGAGCAGACAAAGAGCUGGAUCAGUUCUUCAUACAGGAAACUGUGUACGUGCAGUUCUUCCUCCUCUUUGUUUAGACUUGUCUUUUUAGUAAAAACAAAAAUGAGAAUAUUUUCAUUUAGAGGCUCAUUUCAAAUUUAAUCCAGUCCGUUUAGAUUUUUUAUGAGAGUUCAGGGACCUCACAGCUGUUUUUGUUUUGACCGUGAAUCAGAUAAGGAUCAGAGAGAGGCCCUGCAGGGUGGGGAGACAUCAGAAGUACAUGGACAUUAAACCUGUUUAACUCUUAAAGAGGGGGAUUAAGCUGUUUCAGACUCUACUUCCUUUCUGAUUCCUCUUUUAUUUCUGAACACUCUCUUCCUGUUUGUAUCUCACCUGUUUGUCUACUUUGUCCUCAGGUUGUAUAACUUGUUUUCAUCUUUCAUAAAUUUACAAAACAGAAGAUGGAGAAAAUGAGUGUUUGUGUCGAGGAAGAGGAGGGCAGAGCAAAGUCUGAUAUGUCUGACUGUCUGUCUAUGAAGAGUGACCAGUCUAAAGAUGAGCCUCUAUACUUCAGUAAAGAACCAGGACCAUCAGAGGAGGGCAGAGCAAAGUCUGUCAUGUCUGACUGUCUGUCUAUGAAGAGUGACCGGUCUAAAGAUGAGCCUCUAUACUUCAGUAAAGAACCAGGACCAUCAGAGGAGGGCAGAGCAAAGUCUGUCAUGUCCGACUGUCUGUCUAUGAAGAGUGACCGGUCUAAAGAUGAGCCUCUAUACUUCAGUAAAGAACCAGGACCCUCAGAUUCACAGUAAGAGAAACACUUUUCAACCACCAACAGUUGGUGUUUCAAAAAAAAAACCUCUAAAUCCUGACCCCAAAGGGCUGGUAAAGAAAAAGUCACUGAGCACAGAUUUACUUGUUAUUCCUCAUGUUUAUAAAAAUGAAGGUCGUAUAAAACAGCAUUAGAAAAGGAUCCUGACCUCUGUAUUUUCUGAUUUGGUUCCUGUGUUUGGGAUGUUUGGAGCCUGUAAGUCUUUGGACUGUGGGGGCGUGGUCCUUGGGAUCGUCCAGGCCCGGACGGUUAGGGGGCUCUGCACUAUGUGCGGGGUGCACCUGGGCUGUCUGGGUUGGGGGGUCUCGGGGGCGGUGCUCCCUGUAGGGGUGGGCUGUGGCUCCUCUCGGUGUGGACGGCUCCCAUAGGUGGUCUUUCCUUACCAGGAUCCUCAGUGCCUUGCCAUGUUUUUACUGACAGUUAGUGUGUGGGUGUGUGGAUACGUGUGUGCGUGUAUGUGUGUGUGGGGGGGGCUGCUGUGCAUGCCUGUAUGUGCUGCUGUGGGUGGAAAGGGACAGGUUUUAUGCCUAUUUAAUUGCCUUAUAUUUACUGUUGUUUGUUUUUUACCGUUGUUUGUUUUUACCUUUUUGUAAAGCACCUUGUGUUGCAGCUUAAAAGCAUGAAAGGUGCUAUAUGAAUAAAGUUUGAUUGAUUGAUUGGUUGGUGUAUAGACCCCAGAAAACAGUCUGUGGGUCACAAAAUACCAGAAGACCAAAGAAAAAAAAAAUCCUGAGAAAUAAAAACUCAUUCAGAGCAUCUGUCUGUUAUUAGACCUUUAGAUCUGAUUGGUCAAAAAAUGUUUUAAACUGUCUGAGAAAAUCUCCCUACCUUCAAAAAUCACAGUUUAGUUUUUUUCUCCUGUCUCCACACUUUGAGGCAGCAGCAGCUGAAUAUUUUAUGUUAGAGAAAAGAGUGAGGUCAGAAACUUGGGUUUAGUAAAUGUUUCUUAUUCUGUAUCUUUCAAACAUGAAAUGAUAAUUUUAAAGAAAAUAAAUGUUUAUUUCCACAGAGAGACACAGAGAUGUGACUCUGUGGAGGAGCAGCUGUCCAGCUGUUCUUUAUGUCAGGACGUCCUGAAGGAUCCAGUCUCUACCCGCUAUGGACACCAGUCUACUUCUUCAGGACAGACCUCCUGUCCCCAGUGUGGAAAAAGAACCAGAACAGUUCUUGACUUUCAGACAGACAGCCAGUCCAGCUCUGAUCGAAGUAAGUCUGAACAUCUGUCCUUUAAACCCUAAAUUACACAAUUUCUGCCUGGAUUAUUUUGCUGAUUUUAGCCAUUAAAUUGUCAGAAAAUGUCUUAUAAGUGAGUAUUGUUACCCAUUUUUCCAGAACACUUUGAACUUUCAAUGUCAUUUACAAAUUACUGCCUGUUAAAAGAGUGCUUUAAAGUUUAAGAUAAAGAAAAACACAAAAUGGAAUAAGAUUUUUUAGUUUUAGUGAGAAAAAAAAAUAUUCAUGAACAAAAUUUUUCAUUUGAAAUCUGAAAUUUGAAGAGUAAUUUGAAGAGCUGUCUCACAGUGUAGGAGCUGCAAGGUAAAGGUUUGUGGUUAUGCUCUUGAUUUGUUUUUGGUAUUUUGUUGUGAUUGGUGGCAGUGAUUUGUGGAAUCCGGGUCACGGGAAUAGGGGCGGUGUCACUCAGUUGAUUUAAGCACCUGGUCACCUGUGUUCACGAGGGAAGAGGUUUUGAGUGGGUCGCCGUAUUUUUUGUUGACCGCAUGCACACAUACUCUUUAAGUCCAGUGAUCGCUGUUUCUUCAGUUGGUAUCGUUUUGUUGAUUGUUUCUUUAGUAUUAAAGCACGUUUUUUCCUAAUUGAUUCCCGUCUCAGCGGAUCCAUUGACAAAGCGCGUCAGACAAUUAGACUAGGCCCGUAUCUCAUCCUCUAAGCGACAUCCUGGUCUCUGAGGUCGCUAUAUUUAGUCAACAAAAAAGGCAGAUUAUAAUCACUCACACGGCAACGGAUCGAGGUGCACUUCGGAGGAAAAUGAAAAGAACAAGCAUCGGAGAUGAAGCAUGAGGGUAAGCGCUGUUUGAUUGACAGCUCCGGACGCCACGCGGCAUUGUGAAUCUGCGGCAAGGUAAGCUUGUCUGCUCUCAGCCUUACUGAGGAAAGGAAUGCGGCUUGCAUAUGCUGAUUGUCAAUUUGGGAUGAUUGCCUGAUAUGACCUAUGGUUCUCCGGACUCAUGCUUUGAUAUUGUGAUGGCUCACGGUGCUGGAUGUCUCCAUGCUUUUAUUUUGAAAUCUCCGUUGUGUCUCCUCGAAGUUACUGGUGCUUUGCUGUUGUGGAAAAAUAAUGUCUAUCUGAUGGAGAAUGCCUCUUGAUUCAUGGACGCAGUUUCAAAUGCGCAAGGUUUGGGGAAAACAUGCACUGGAAAUUAAAGGAGGAAAAUGAGUCAAAUAAGCGCCGAUUUUGCAAAUGCUGAAAUGCAGUGUGGAAAAAGAGAAAUUAAACUCACCUUCAAAGCCAUGGCAAAUAAAAUUGAGAAGCUUCAGCAAGAACGCAAGAACAUUGUGCACAAAAUUAAAUGUCUCAUACCAGAAACGAAAACUCUCAUGAAAACAAAGGAAAAAGUCUCUACUGUGCUACUUCAUACUGACAAUUUAAAUGAAGUUUGUGAGAAUGCCACCACAUUGCACAACAUGCUGCUUCCCUUACUCCCAGAGGAUGAACAAACUAAACAAGAUGAAUGGUUCUCAAGCAUCAUGAGGUACAGCAAUACAUUUAAGGAGAAUGUGAAUAAAUGGAUGAGUGAAACAGUGGAAUCGAUCCACAAUGACAGUCCUGAUCAGUCUGGCCAAGCUGUAACAACUGGAGAGUGCAUUUCUGACAUUUAUCACUCUCAAACAGCAGUGCAGGCUGUGUCAGUAAUUAUGGCUGAUGAUCCACCGGAUGAAGUAAAACCAAGUGACAGUGUGUCUAAUGUGGGAAGAGGAGCCAAAUCACAAAGUUCUGUGUUUGGAGGAAAAUCAGCUGUUUCAACCACUUCUUCAGUUCGUCUCCAAGCUGAAGCUGACUUGGCAGCACUUAUGGCGAGACAAAAAAUAUUAAAGGACAAGCAUGAACUGGAACAACAGGAGGAACAACUACGGAAAAGGAAGGAACAGCUUAAAUUGGAUGAGGAAAUUGCAGCUCAAAUGGCUAAACUGGAUGUGUUGCGAUCCAGGAGCAUCUUAAGUGGGAGAGGUUCAAGAACAAAACACUCAGAUGGAAUGAAUUCAUACCUGGAAAAACAAAAAUUAACAUCACAACCUCUCAGAGCUGAUUCCAGGGCAUUUGUUCCGCUGAAGUCAACUGAACCAAAGGAAAACAAUAAAGCACCUCAGCCACAUUCUUACUCUCUUAAUGCACCCAGUCUACAGGCAGGUCAAAAUGCUAAUGAAAGUAUGCACGUUCAACAGCAAGAUGCCUUGGGUGCAAGAGCUGGAUCAGGAAAUGUGGAUCAAAAUAAUAUGCUGUCUAUUAUGGGAAGGCAAAAUGAAAUAACAUCACUCUUAAUACAACAACAAAGCCUCUCAUCCUUGCCUAGGAGGGAGAUCCCAAUUUUUGAUGGUGAUCCAUUAAAAUACCACACAUUUAGAAGGGCCUUUGAGAAUGGGGUUGAAGCGAACACGGAGAGCUGCAGUGACCGACUAUACUACUUGGAGCAGUAUACCAGUGGUCUUCCUAAACAACUAAUCAGAAGCUGUCAGCAUCUUGAUCCAGUGAGAGGAUAUGCUAAAGCUAAAGUUUUGUUAUCUGAGCAUUUUGGUAAUGAGCAGAAGGUUGCAGCGGCAUACAUGGAAAAGGCUCUUUCAUGGCCCUCCAUCAAAACAGAAGAUGUUAAAGCUCUUCAGGAUUACAGCCUUUUCCUUAGAGGCUGUUCUAAUGCCAUGGAAGAGGUGCAGUAUUUGCAUGACUUCGAUAUGCCUGCUAACAUGCUAACCAUUAUAAAGAAGUUGCCUUAUAAGUACAGGGACAAAUGGAGAUCUGAGGCCUGUGAGCUGCAAGAGAGGCGUGGAUACAGAGCUACAUUCAAAGACAUUACAAAUUUCAUUGAGAGACAAGUGAGAAUUCUGACAGACCCAGUGUUCGGAAAUAUUCAGGAUGCCCCCUCAGUUACCAUACCUAGAGGUGUACAUAAACUUGCCACACAGCCUCGUUCGGGUACGAAAGGGACCAGCUUCGCCACCACUGUGGCCCCUGUGGCCCCUGUGGAAAAGAGAAAUCAGCCUGGAGUCAGUGGUCAGGAAUUUGUGCAAUCAGCAAAGAAGACAUGUUUUUGCUGUGGAGGAGGACACACAUUGGAUCUGUGUCCAAAGUUGGAGAAGAGGACACACAAAGAGAAGAUAGGCUUCUUAAGAGAUAAAGGUGUCUGUUUUGGCUGUCUGUGUAUUGGACACAUCAGUAAAGAUUGCAGAAAACGGAUUUCUUGUGGAAAAUGUGGCCUCAAACAUCCUACUGUACUGCACAUUCCUGCAAAAGAAAAGGUGAAGGAUUCUGAUCAUGCUGAGAGGAAAGCAGAGAUGAUGGUGGACAGCACUCUGGUGUCGAGUGGUCUUACUGGGGCUGGUGAUCAUGAUUGCAAACUUCCCAUAGUCCCCGUUCAGGUCAAAUCACAGAAGGGCACCACAAUACUUACCACAUACGCUUUCUUGGAUCCGGGAAGUACAGCAGUAUUUUGUACUGACAGUUUAGUGCACAAGCUGGGCCUCACAGGGAGGAAAGUGCACAUUCUUUUGCGGACCAUGGGCCAAGAGAAGGUUGUGAGCAGCCAUAUCGUGUCAGGACUGGAAGUGGCUGGCUUGGAUCAGGAGGAUUUUUGUGAACUGCCAGGUACUUAUACACAGGAGUCCAUGCCUGUCCACAAAGGUAACAUUCCCAAACAGUGUGAUCUUGAGGAUUGGCCUCAUUUGAAACAUGUAUACCUGCCUGAUAUAGAUGCAGGGAUUGAGCUGCUGAUAGGGACAAAUGUUCCCCAGGCCCUGGAACCUUUGCAAGUCAUUCGCAGUGCUAAUGGCGGCCCCUAUGCAAUAAAGACAAUGCUGGGCUGGACUGUGAAUGGACCACUGAAAGGAGACAGUGGGAGUACAUUGAGUUGUGAGCAGCAACAUGUAACAGUAAACAGAGUGUCUGUUGUGAAUUUGGACGGACUCUGGCAGCAGCAGUUUGCAGCAGAUUUUCCUGAGAGCAAUAUGGAUGAGCAACCUGCAAUGUCAAGAGAGGAUCAUAAGUUCAUGGAACUUGUCACAAACUCUGCGAAGCAAAUGGAUGGUCACUACCAGAUCAACUUACCUUUGAGGAAGCCAGAACUUAGCAUGCCAAAUAACAGAAGUAUUGUUGUACAGCGUGCUUUGCACCUAAAGAAAAGGCUUCAGAGGGACUUACCGUUUCAUGCAGACUAUAAUGCCUUCAUGAACGAGCUUGUUGCCAAAGGUUAUGCAGAAAAGGUGCCUGAACGUGAGAUAGAUCGUGGAGAUGGCAAAGUCUGGUAUAUUCCACACCAUGGUGUUUACCAUCGUACGAAAGGGAAAAUCAGAGUUGUCUUUGACUGUGGGGCUAGUUUCCAGGGAACAUCUCUCAAUGCUGAGCUGCUACAAGGACCUGAUCUGACCAGUUCACUGAUUGGAGUGGUGACUAGAUUCAGAAAGGAACCGGUGGUGAUCAUGGCAGAUGUGGAAGCCAUGUUUCACCAAGUGAAGGUACCUGCUGGAGAUGCUGAUCUGUUGAGAUUCUUAUGGUGGCCAGAUGGGGAUCUGAAUCAACCCCUUACUGACUUCAGGAUGAAGGUGCAUCUCUUUGGAGCAACCUCAUCACCUAGCUGUGCCAAUUUUGCCCUCAGGAAGUGUGCAGAGGACCAUAAAGAACAGUUUAGCCAGGAAGUUGUAGAAAAGGUCUUACAUUGCUUCCACGUGGAUGACUGUUUGGUGUCUGUACCUACCGAAGAGGAGGCAGUAGCUCUCUAUCAUGACCUUGUCUCAAUCUGUGCCAAGGGUGGGUUCCAUCUCAAUAAAUGGACAAGCAACAGGCGUGAAGUCCUAGCUGUGAUGCCUGAAACACAAAGAGCAAAGGUCAUGAAAGAGUUGGACAUGGACUUGGAUCGGCUACCUGUGGAAAGAGUACUUGGUGUGGAAUGGUGUAUUCGCUCUGAUACCUUUAAGUUUAAGAUUGUCAUCAAAGACAGACCACUUACCAGAAGAGGGAUUCUCUCCACUGUUAGUUCCAUCUAUGAUCCUCUAGGGAUACUUAGUCCAGUCAUCUUGUCUGCAAAGAAAAUCCUAGGAGAUCUGUGCAGGAGAUCACUUGGAUGGGAUGACAUCAUUAUGGAGUCAGUUGCUGAAAAGUGGAUAACCUGGUUGCAGGAACUCCGUCUUCUGGAGAACUUUAGUCUCAUGAGGUGUCUGAAACCCCAGAACUUUGGAGCCACAACUAAGACACAGUUGCACCAUUUCUGUGAUGCAAGUGAGGAUGGUUACGGAGUAGUUACUUACCUGCUGUCCCAUGGUUCACACUCACAAGUACACAGUGCCUUCAUUGGGGGAAAAGCAAGGGUUGCUCCACUGAAGUCUGUUACUAUACCCCGAAUGGAGCUCAUUGCCGCAACAAUGGCAAGUCGCAUGGAUGUCCUGUGGAGGAAAGAGCUGCACAUGAACCUUCAGGAGUCUGUGUUCUGGACCGAUAGCGAGUCUGUGCUCAAGUACAUCAGUAAUGAGACUUCAAGGUUUAAAGUCUUUGUUGCCAACCGAGUCUCAGAAAUACUCAAGGUGUCAGAGCCUUCUCAAUGGAGAUAUGUGGACACUGCAAGUAAUCCAGCCGAUAUUGCCUCUAGAGGUUUGAAGGUGGAUGCAUUUCUCAAGAAUGAAAUUUGGGUGUCAGGUCCACAGUUUCUUAUUCAGCUUGAGACUGAGUGGCCAAGUAAAUUUGGGAAUGUUAUCCAGCUUCCACCAGAUGACCCUGAGGUCAAAAGAGCUGCUGUGGUGAAUGCUGCUCAGGUUGGAGAAGAGGCUGACACUGUGAGUCGCAUGAUCCGCUGCUUCUCAUCUUGGAUUGCUCUGAGAAAAUCUGUGGCUUGGAUAUUGAGGUACAGGAACUGGCUUUUGUCAUGUUAUCAGAAAAGGAGACAGUUGAUCACAGAUUUGGCUAAAUCUGACUUGAAUGCAAAAUCACAAAGACGUUCAUUGGAGGAGGCGAUGGACACUUUCAAAAGGGAAUCAAUGGGCAGUCAUCUGUCAGUGGAGGAACUUGAAAAAGCUGAACUGGAAAUUGUCAAGUUCUGUCAAAGGAAGACGUUUCCAGAGGAGUUGUCCAGACUCCAAAAUGGGCAGUGUGUGAAGGGCAGAAGUCCUAUUCACAGACUCUGCCCACAGCUACAAGAUGGUGUUCUGAGAGUUGGUGGUCGGUUGAGCAAGUCAUCUAUGCCUGUGGAGGCUCAACAUCCCGUUAUAUUAUCAAAGGAAUUCCACAUCUCAGACCUUCUUCUUAGGCACAUCCAUCAGGAAGUGGGACAUGGUGGACGUAACCACAUGUUAUCCAAAUUGCAGGAGAAGUACUGGAUCACUGGAGUCAGUACAGUCAUGAGGAGAGUUUUAUCAAAGUGUGUCACCUGUCGGAGGCUGAAUGCUCAGCCAGUGUCUCAGCAGAUGGCGGACUUGCCACACGAAAGAGUUACUCCGGAUGAACCACCAUUUACACAUGUUGGCGUGGACUAUUUUGGACCAUUUGAAGUUAAAAGCAGAAGAAGUGUGGUCAAGAGGUAUGGUGUCAUCUUUACAUGCUUGGCCAUUCGAGCAAUUCACAUUGAAGUGGCUCCUUCACUGGACACCGACUCAUUCAUUAAUGCUCUUAGACGCUUCAUAGCAAGACGUGGUCAAGUCCUGGAACUGCGGUCUGAUAAUGGCACGAAUUUUGUGGGGGCGGAGCGUGAGCUGAGGGUGGCGAUUGAACAGUGGAAUCAGUCACAAAUCCAUGUUAUGCUUCUCCAGAGGGGAAUCAAGUGGACAUUUAACCCCCCAGCUGGCUCGCAUCAUGGAGGAUCUUGGGAGAGGUUAAUUCGUUCUGUGAGGAAGGUCCUCAACUCCACCUUGAAUGUGCAGAACCUGGAUGAAGAAGGUCUUCACACAGUUCUUUGUGAGGUGGAGGCCAUAAUUAACAGUCGGCCAAUCACAAAGGCAUCAAGGGAUCCGAAUGAUCUGGAGGCACUGACACCAAACCAUCUCCUAUUGUUGAAAACCUCACCAUCCCUACCUCCAACAAACUGUCAAGAAGUUGAUGUUUAUGCUCGUAGGCGAUGGAAGCAAGUACAAUACAUGUCAGACUUGUUCUGGAAAAGGUGGGUGAAGGAAUACUUGCCUCAGCUGCAGGAGCGUCAGAGGUGGACAGGAGUGAAGCGCAACCUCAUCCCUGGAGACAUAGUGCUCAUUGUGGACAACACAGCUCCUCGAAACUCCUGGCGCAUGGGGAGAGUUCUACAGACUUUUCCAGACCGGAAGGGAUUUGUGCGUCAGGUGCGUGUCAAGACGAAGAGCAGCUGCCUGGACCGGCCUAUUACGAAGAUCUGUCUGCUACAGGAGGCUGAAACUGGAUAAGGAGUACCUGCUGCAUACUGUGACAUUCUGACAUGACUUUGACAAACCCAAUAGGGCUAUAAACAUUCUUUUUGACCGAGCCUGAGUGUUGAUACCUCUGGCGUUGACUAGCUAACAACAAAUGUGCAUUAUGCAUGGACUUUUAGUAUCAAUUUUGUAUUUGUCUCAUAUAGUUGAAAAACAUAAGUAAUUAUUAUGGUUGAUAACCUAAUAAUUAGGGGCUGGUAUGUAGGAGCCGCAAGGUAAAGGUUUGUGGUUAUGCUCUUGAUUUGUUUUUGGUAUUUUGUUGUGAUUGGUGGCAGUGAUUUGUGGAAUCCGGGUCACGGGAAUAGGGGCGGUGUCACUCAGUUGAUUUAAGCACCUGGUCACCUGUGUUCACGAGGGAAGAGGUUUUGAGUGGGUCGCCAUAUUUUUUGUUGACCGCAUGCACACAUACUCUUUAAGUCCAGUGAUCGCUGUUUCUUCAGUUGGUAUCGUUUUGUUGAUUGUUUCUUUAGUAUUAAAGCACGUUUUUUCCUAAUUGAUUCCCGUCUCAGCGGAUCCAUUGACAAAGCGCGUCAGACAAUUAGACUAGGCCCGUAUCUCAUCCUCUAAGCGACAUCCUGGUCUCUGAAGUCGCUAUACACAGCAUCACCAGAACAUCCAGCAUCCUCAUGGCCUUUCCUCCCUCUAAAGCCCUGAGUGUGGCGUCCCUCUCUGUCUCUCUCUCUCUCUCUCUCUCUCUAUCUCUCUUUCUCUCUCCCUCUCUCUCUCUCUCCCCUCGUCACAAGCACAGACUGUAUAUAGAAUGGACGACAUCUGCCUCCUCGCUGGAUGAAGCCACUCCGAGAACAGCACCCUCUGGUGACAGGCUGCAGUAUAGGUCAUAAAUCCCGCCUCCUUAUGGAGCUGUGGACAAACUUUAUAAAUGAAUGACACAGAAUAUAAAUGUUUCUCCCCCCUGGUUGUGAUGUUGACAUGUAGUUACUGUCAGACUAGUUUGUGCUCAAGUCCUCUUUUUUCUGUACAGCUCCAUUUUUAAAAGUUAUUAGGGGGUUCAUGUUUUCUAUGAUUGACACCUGAUACAGCCUAUGGGCAUUCAGGGACUGCGUAGCUCUCCUGGGAGAUACGCUGUUUGAGCCGAGCGUCAUCACAGUGACUCUCAGCGACUGCACGCCUGAAUGCGCACAUCGCUUAUGCGUAGUGCUGGUUUUAGAAAAUGAAGAAAAAUCCCGGAAAUACUGAGAGCUUUUUGGCUUCAAAUCCGUAUGCAGGCGGGAGGUGGAACCAAGUUGUCCGUAGUUUAUACAGUCUAUGAUCACAAGACAAAUGACACUAAGAAAGUCCCCAAAUAAUGCACGCGCCAUAUUUAGGAGUAGGGUUGCAAAGGGGUGAAAAUGUCCGGUAAAUUUCCAGAAACUUUCCAUGGGAGGUUAAGCUGGGAAUUUUGGAAAUAUUACAAAGUGGAAACUUUCCACGGGAAUUAUGGGAAUUAUUGGGAAUUGGGGGUAAUUUACACAAACUGUUUCAUAUCCAAAUAAAUAUUUUUGUAAAUAUUAAUAUAUAAUGAUAAUAUUAAUAUAAUAAAAUAUACUAUAAUUUAUGUUAAUAAUAUAUAUUUAUUUUUGUAAAUGUUUUUGUUUUGUCAUAAGCAGACAUCCAUGCAAAAUAAUACAAUUAAAAAACAUGACACACAUCAGAUGGUGAACGUGGCAUUUAUCUGUAGAAUAAAAUAACAAAGCUUGUAAAAACACCAAUGCAAAGGCAUGACCAGAAAUAUAGUCGGCUAAACAACUGGAAUGGUCUUCAAAAUAUUUGAUAAUUGAUGUUUAAAUUAUUGUUUGGUUACAGAAAACUGUCUUGUGGGAGUCAGAAGAAACAGCAUCACAUUUUAGGUAUCUACCACCACCAUAAUAACCUCGCCCCUAAAUGGUCAAUGAAAUGAAAAAUAGCAUUUAGCAACUAUUUUUAUUUAAUUUUCACAAGUUAAAUAUUAAUACUAUUAUAGAUCAAAUAUAUUUACCCCAUGAUAUUAUCCAAACUUACUUUCUAUAGUCGGUGGACUCAAAUUUCUUGUGCUUUGGGCUCUAAAGUGUGGCCUCCAGGGUUCAAGAAAUCAUCUGUCAAUCAUGUGAUGGAGGAAUGCACAGUGCAUGUAGGGGGUGUGGCCUCAGUAGCCCUGCAGUAGCCCUGUUGAGGGCCAACCUUCAAUUUCAUAAAUUUCAGAUUUAGUCCAAAGUACAACCUGAUUUAACUCACAAAGCGCUGUGUUUUUGUCAUGCUUUUAUUUUGAAAAACGUCACGCAACAUGAACCAGUCACAUUACCUGUGUAAUGUGAGGCCUCGUCUGUAAUUGGUCACGUGGUUUUCAGCAAACCGAUACAAGCCUCAAAGAGAGGCUUUGUCAGACUUUGAUGUACACACAUCAAAGUCUCUGCUUCAAACAUCAACCAUCACUACCUGUGCAAAGGUGUCGUCGUUGACACACUGAGAGGAAAAGUCUGUGUGGAUGUAAACUCAGCCGACUGAUUUUCACAAAGACGUUUCAGUGUUGAGAAGUUUGGUCCAUUUUAUUUUCUUCUCUUUCAGAAGAUGGCGGUCUGCAGGAGGUUUUAGAUGAACAUAAGAUCAGUCUGAAGAGGAGAUGUGAACGUGUGAAUGAAGGAAGUGAUGAAACAGGAAGUAGUCAAACCCUCCUCAACAGGAUCUUCACUGAGCUCUACAUCACAGAGGGACUGAGUGAAGAGGUGAACACCCAACAUGAGGUGAAACAGCUGGAGACAACUUCAAAGAUGAAGACCCUCCAUGACACGCCCAUCAUGUGUCAUGAGAUCUUUAAAACCUUACCUGACCAACAGAAGAAGCUCAUCAGAGUGGUUCUGACCAACGGCGUGGCUGGUGUUGGAAAAACCUUCUCAGUGCAGAAGUUCACUCUGGACUGGGCAGAGGGUUUGGAGAACCAAGACCUCCAUCUGGUGGUCCUGCUUUCAUUCAGGGAGCUGAACCUGAUCAGAGAAGAGCGCUUCAGUCUUCUGAGUCUGCUCCAUGUUUUCCAUCCAACCCUAGAGAAGGUCACAGCAGAGACGCUGGCUGUCUGUAAACUUCUGUUCAUCUUUGACGGUCUGGAUGAAAGCAGACUGUCUCUGGAUUUCACAGACUCUGAGGUGGUGUCUGACGUCACACAGAAGUCUUCACUGAACGUUCUGAUAACAAACCUCAUCAAGGGGAACCUGCUCCCCUCAGCCCUCAUCUGGAUAACUUCUCGACCUGCAGCAGCCAAUCAGAUCCCUCCUUCAUGUGUGGACAGGGUAACAGAAGUACGAGGCUUCACUGACGCCCAGAAGGACGAGUACUUCAGGAAGAGGUUCAGAGAUGAAGAUCUGUCCAGAAGAAUCAUCUCACACAUCAAGUCCUCCAGGAGCCUCCACAUCAUGUGUCAGAUCCCGGUCUUCUGCUGGAUCACUGCUACAGUUCUGGAGGACAUGAUGAGCAGAGAGCAGAGAGGAGAGCUGCCCAAGACCCUGACGGACAUGUACUCGCACUUCCUGCUGGUCCAGACUAAGAAGAAGAAGCAGAAGUAUGAAGGAGGACAUGAGACAAGUCCUCAGGAGCUGACUGAGGCUGACAGUGAAGUCCUCUUGAAGCUGGGGAGGCUGGCCUUCGAACAUCUGGAGAAAGGAGACAUCAUGUUCUACCAAGAAGACCUGGAGCGGUGUGGUCUGGAUGUCUCAGAGGCCUCGGUGUACUCAGGAGUUUGUACAGAGAUCUUCAGAAGAGAGAGUGUGAUCUUCCAGAAAACCGUUUACUGUUUUGUUCAUCUGAGUGUUCAGGAGUUUCUGGCUGCAGUCUACAGGAUCCACAGUUUCACAAAGAGGAACACAGAAGCUCCGAAGACUUUCCUAAAAGACAACGAUGAGGAACACCAAGAUGAAGACAAAGACGAAGCUGAAGACGAAGUUGAAGACAAAUAUGAAGAUGAAUAUGAAGACAGAUAUGAAGACGAAUAUGAAGACGAAUAUGAACACGAAUAUGAAGACAGAUAUGAAGACGAAUAUGAACACGAAUAUGAACACGAAUAUGAAGACAGAUAUGAAGACGAAUAUGAACACGAAUAUGAAGACAGAUAUGAAGACGAAUAUGAAGACAGAUAUGAAGACGAAUAUGAAGACAGAUAUGAAGACGACUAUGAAGACAGAUAUGAAGAAGAAUAUGAAGACAGAUAUGAAGAAGAAUAUGAAGACAAAAUGUUUUCUUUUUCUUUUAAAAACCUGAAUAUUUGUCUCUCAUCUCUGGAUGUCUCCCUGAAGAGUGUCAUGGAGAAAUCCCUUCUCAGUAAAAACGGUCACCUGGACCUGUUUGUUCGCUUCCUUCAUGGACUCUCUCUGGAGUCAAACCAGAGACUCUUAGGAGGUCUGCUGGGUCACACAGACAACAGUCCAGAAAUGAUCCAAAGAGUCAUCAAGAACCUGAAGGAGAUGAACAGAGAAGAUAUCUCUCCUGACAGGAGCAUCAACAUCUUCCACUGUCUGAUGGAGAUGAACGAUCUGUCAGUUCAUCAGGAGAUCCAAGAGUUCCUGAAGUCAAAGAACAGAUCGAAGAAGGAACUCUCAGAGAUCCAUUGCUCUGCUCUGGCCUACAUGCUGCAGAUGUCAGAGGAGGUUCUGGAUGAGUUGAACUUAAGGAACUAUAACACAUCAAACCAGGGGAAACACAGACUGAUCCCAGCUGUGAGGAACUGCAGAAAGGCUGAGUAAGUCCAGGUUUUAUUCUCAGAAUAGUGUAAAUGAUCCCUGUAGUUCUUCUAAUGUCCACGUUACUGAUGAUGUUCUUCUUCAAAUAGAAAUCAACUCAAAUAUCAGGGAGGGGGUUUCUGUAGCAAAAACAUGAUCCUGGUGUCAAAAGUCCUGUUAGCACAGGAUGAGGUCUACCCUGACACAGAGAGAGAGAGGGUCCACAAGCUCAGCUCCACCAGCACCGAGCACCAAGACCGCCCUCACACCAUCCGGCCCCCCAACCAAAUUAUACAAAAAGACAACUACAUCAACUAUUGCACAUCUCCAACCCAAACCCAAAGUAAACUUCAAUGCUAUCUGGCCCUAAACAGACAAAACUCCAUGACAGAUUUUUCCAUCACUUCGUAUGCAUAAUCAUGAUCAAAGAAAACUGUUUGUUCUUAAGGUGGAUUUUCUUUUUCUAAGCCAACUUCAAUCCCGUCUCUUUGACGUCAGACUGCUGAAAGUUUAUCACAGUAGACCGAGGUGUAAUCUCAGGUCCCUAUGAGCUUGCUGAAUCUGCAGGGACAUACCGUCGGGGAGAGCCAGCUCUGUGGUCAGCAGGUUUUCCAUAAACUUUAUCAUCGAGUCACCCUCUGAGCCCUCACCAUAAACUCAGAUGCUGUAUCUUCUACCAGGACCAAAAACCUGGUUCUUCUCAGUCCCCUUCUCCAACCAGAAC